AUGCCUCGACUCCUCCUCCACCUCGCCCUCCUCCUCCUUCUCAGCCAUGGAUUCCCGGCAAUCGAAUCCCAGCAGCAGCUGUUCAGAGAGUACAUUGGAGCAGAGGGUGUGAACGUCAAAUUCUCCGACGUACCAAUCAACUCCUCCGUCGAAUUCCACUUCAUCCUCUCCUUCGCAAUCGACUACACCGAUUCCUCCCGCCCAACCCCUACCAACGGAAUCUUCAAGCCGUACUGGGACACCGAAAACCUCGCCCUGUCCCAGGUCUCCUCGAUCAAGAACCAACACCCCAACGUCAGGGUCGCCAUGAGCCUCGGCGGUGACACCAUCGGCGAGCACAACCAGUUCGUCUUCUUCCAGCCCAAAACCCCCAAAACCUGGCUCCACAACGCCAUCGACUCCAUCACCGACAUCGUCCAGGCGUACAAUCUCGACGGGAUCGACAUCGACUACGAGCACUUCAUGCCAGGGGCGGACCCUGACACGUUCGCCGACUGCAUCGGGAAGCUGAUCAUGUACCUCAAGGGGAAAAAAAUCAUCAGGUUCGCGUCGAUCGCGCCGUUCGACGAGGACGUGUCGCAGAGGCACUACAUCGCGCUGUGGAGGAAGUACGGGCAUCUGAUCGACUACGUGAACUUCCAGUUCUACUCGUACGACAAAGGGACGGACAAGAAGAAGUUCUUACAGUUUUUCGACGAACAGAGUAGGAAUUACAGGGGCGGGAAGGUGCUGGCGAGCUUCGGGACGGACAACAGCGGCGGGCUGAAGCUGGCGGGAGGGUUCCUCGAGGCCUGCGACCAGCUGCGGAGGGAGAAGAAGCUUCACGGCAUCUUCAUAUGGUCGGCGGAUGACUCGAAGAAGGCCAAGUUCCGUGCGGAGAUCGAGUCCCAAACUUUCUUGGCAGCUCCCAGUAGUAUCAGGCCCGGCCCAGACCCUGUGCUGGUCUGA